AUGCCCCGCACUGCCCGCCUCCUCCUCCUUGUGGGGCUCUUCGUCUUCUGGGCUGAGCUGGCACCUGCCUCUGGGCAGUCAACUCCUGUAGGUAAGAGAUACAUCAGAGGCUACUGCCCCCAGGUGACUCUCCCACCUGGCUGGUCCACCAUCUGUUUGGCCAGGUGCAGUACCGAUCACAGUUGCAAACAGGACAUUCGCAUUCCUGCAAGGAAGUGCUGCUCCUUUGGAUGCGAGCGGAGGUGCAUGCAAGCUGUGCAAGAGAACACUGGAGAGUGCCCCAAGAGGAGAGCUCAGCAGACCUUAAUUGGUUGCAACGAUACCUGCAACGACGACAGACAGUGCCCCCGCACCCAGAAGUGCUGCUUUAACGGCUGCAGCCGCAGCUGCCUGGAUCCAGCUUCCCGUCCACUAGCUCUCCGUAACCGAUGCCAGCUACCACCUGAGACAGGACCGUGCAAAAUGAGGCUUUGGCGUUACUACUACAGCUCUGCUCAAAAGAGAUGCCUGGAGUUCAUCUACGGGGGCUGCAAGGGCAACGGCAACAACUUUGAAACAAAGGAGGCGUGCGAGAAGGCCUGUGGUGCCCGUCCAGCGGUUUGCCACCUGCCCAUGGACUCUGGUCCAUGUUUGGCCCACAUGGAGCGCUACUACUAUGACCCAGCCAGCCGGACCUGCAAGAAAUUUAUCUAUGGGGGCUGCAGGGGCAAUGACAAUAAUUUCGCCACCAAGGCAGAGUGCAUGAGAGUCUGUGGAAAUCGAGGCAAAGACUAA